AUGGUUUCAUUCAGUAUUUUAUCAUCUAUUGCACUAUCAAGUGCUUACUUUUCGACCACAUUUAUGCUCACAAGGUUGUAA